AUGAUCAGCCCAGACCCCAGGCCCUCCCCUGGCUUGGCCCGGUGGGCCGAGAGCUAUGAGGCCAAGUGUGAGCGCAGGCAAGAGACCCGCGAAAGCCGCCGCUGCCGUCCCAAUGUGACCACUUGCCGCCAGGUGGGGAAGACGCUGAGGAUCCAGCAAAGAGAGCAGCUCCAGAGAGCUCGACUGCAGCAGUUCUUCAGGAGGAGGAACCUGGAGCUAGAGGAGAAGGGCAAAGUGCAGCAUCCCCAGGCCAGGGAGCAAGGGCCCUCCAGGCAGCCAGGACAGGUGACUGUCCUCAAGGAACCCUUGUCUUGUGCCAGCAGGAUCUCUUCUCCCAGAGAGCAGGUGACAGGCACCAGCUCUGAAGUCUUUCCAGCCCAGCAUCCUCCUCCCUCAGGCAUCUGCAGGGAUCCGACUGACCACCUCUCCUCACAGGCUGGGGGCCUUCCUCCACAGGACGCUCCUAUUAAGAAGCCACCCAAACACCACCGUGGUACUCAGACAAAGGCAGAAGGACCAACAAUUAAGAACGAUGCCAGUCAGCAAACCAAUUAUGGAGUCGCAGUUCUGGAUAAGGAAAUCAUCCAGCUUUCUGAUUACCUCAAAGAGGCCCUACAAAGGGAGCUGGUCCUAAAACAGAAAAUGGUGAUUCUCCAAGACCUACUGUCCACUCUGAUUCAGGCCUCUGACAGCUCUUGGAAGGGACAGCUUAAUGAAGACAAACUGAAGGGGAAACUGAGAUCCUUAGAAAACCAGCUGUACACCUGUACCCAGAAAUACUCCCCUUGGGGAAUGAAAAAAGUACUACUGGAGAUGGAAGACCAGAAAAACAGCUAUGAGCAGAAGGCCAAGGAGUCACUACAGAAAGUGCUGGAGGAGAAAAUGAAUGCAGAGCAGCAACUACAGAGCACACAGCGAUCCCUGGCCCUGGCAGAGCAGAAGUGUGAAGAGUGGAGGAGCCAGUAUGAGGCUCUGAAGGAGGACUGGAGGACCCUUGGGACCCAGCACAGGGAGCUGGAGAGCCAGCUCCACGUGCUUCAGUCCAAACUGCAGGGAGCAGAUAGCAGGGACUUACAGAUGAACCAGGCCCUGCGAUUUUUGGAAAAUGAGCACCAGGAACUGCAGGCCAAGAUUGAAUGCCUGCAAGGGGACAGAGACCUGUGCAGCUUGGAUACCCAGGACCUACAAGAUCAACUAAAAAGGUCUGAGGCGGAGAAACUCACCCUGGUGACCAGAGUACAUCAGUUGCAGAGUUUGCUUCAGAAUCAAUCCUUACAGCUUCAAGAACAGGAGAAACUCUUAACAAAGAAAGAUCAGGCUUUGCCCGUGUGGAGUCCAAAGUCCUUCCCUAACGAAGUGGAGCCUGAGGGUACAGGGAAGGAGAAAGACUGGGAUCUCAGAGACCAGCUGCAAAAGAAGACUUUGCAGCUCCAGGCCAAGGAAAAGGAGUGUAGAGAACUGCAUUCAGAGUUAGACAACCUCAGUGACGAGUAUCUCUCCUGCCUGCGUAAGCUGCAGCACUGCCGAGAAGAGCUGAACCAGAGCCAGCAGCUGCCUCCCAGAAGGCAAUGUGGGCGAUGGCUCCCAGUACUGAUGGUGGUGAUUGCUGCAGCACUGGCAGUGUUCCUGGCCAAUAAAGACAACCUGAUGAUCUGAAUAAUUUGUGACAACUGCCUUGGGUGAAAAUCAGAAGAAAGCAACUCAAUGAAAAAUUCAGAAGGUUUGGGUACAUUACAGCUUGGGUUUUCCAACUGACUUAGGAUUUCUGACUUUUUGUUAUUUUCUUAACCUACUGUGAAUAAACUUCACCUGACCAGAUUGU